AUGGCCUUUCGGCUUUCCGCCAGCGGCACCGGACGCCCCAGCGGCAGCGAGGGCAGCAGGAGCUCCGGGAUGCUCAGCAAGAUGAAGGACCGCGCUGCGGCGGCCACGGCCGCAGGGAUGGCGGCGGCCUCCACGGCAGCGACCAAGGCGGCGAAAACGGCGAAGUACGGCGUCUCCGUGGCCAAGGACGCCGCGAAGGACGCCUUCGGCACCUCCUUUGCGCCGCCCGAGCGAGGCGAGCGCAGCGAGCGCCGCAGCCAGGGCGGCGCAGAAGUUGCGGAAGAUGAGGAGGAGAUGGAGCUGCAACGGGCCCUCGCUGCGUCCAUGAAGACGGCGCAGCAGGAGCGUUCGCGAGGUCCGCAACCAGAUCCGCCAGGUUUGCAGACGCUCCUGGAAAUGGGCUUCGAGGAAGACGUGGCUCGUCAGGCACUGCAGGCUGCGAAUGGGAACUUGGAAGCUGCCUUGGCACAGUUGGUGAGUGCUCCAAGGAGCAGCCCGAGAGGCGAAGUGCUUCAGGGGAGACCCGUGCCCUCCAGAGGUGCUCGAGAGGCUGCCUUGCAGGCCGCUGAGCAGCGCCUGGCUCAGGCACAAGAGCGGAACGCUGGCACCAUGGAGGAUUGGCGCCGCUACAAGCAGCUACAGCAAGAGCAAGAGCGCAAGGAGAGGAGGCGCGCGGCAGCGGUUGCAGCUCCCGCCACAGCGACGGGAGACGCCACCGCGGUGGAAGCGGCAGCGGUAGAGAAAGCAGCGGAGGCCGAGGAACUGAUGCUGCAAGAAGCUUUAGCUGCCUCAAUGAAGUCUUUGGGCGACAGCGAUGGGAACAAGGUCGAUUUGAGUCUGGAGGACCAGGUCGACCCAGAGCUCUUCGAGCUGCGGCUUCAACAAGCGAUCGCCGAAGAGGAGUUGGAGCUGCAAUUGGCUUUGAGUGCCAGCCUUGAUGCAUCGCGUGACGUUGAGGCAGACCCCUCUUGUGCUGGUGCGGCAGUGGGUGAAGAAGCAGCUGCUUGGACUGCGACAGUGGAAGCUAGUGAUGGUGUGGGUUGUGUGGCCUCUGGAUGA